AUGAAAGUUUACAAGUCAACUUUAGAGUCGCAUCGUGAAGCUCUGAAAGUCAGUUUGGAACAGCAUGGAGAGGAUCAUCCUGCAACAGCUGACAUUUACUACAACAUUGGAAUGACACAACAAAAAAUGAAAGAUUUCAAAUCUGCAUUAGAGUCGGUAAAAAAGUCUCUUGCGAUCAGAACCAAACUAUUUGGAGAUGACCAUCAAGACACAGCUAACAGUUAUCACAGCAUUGGGGUAACACAACAUAAAAUGAAAGAUUACAAGCCAGCAUUGGAAUCAAAACAAAAAGCUUUUGAAAUUAGAUCACGGCUAUAUGGAGAAGACCAUCCAGACACAGCUGACAGUUAUUAUAACAUCGGAAAAACACAACAUAAGAUGAGAAAUUACAAAUUAGCAUUAGAGUCAAAAGAGAAAGCUCUUAAGGCCAGGUGGAAAUUAUUUGGAGAAAAUCAUCCUGCAACAGCUGAAAGUUAUAAAAGCAUUGGAGACACACAAGAUGAGUUAGGAGAUUACACGUCAGCAUUGGAGUCGAAACAAAAAGCUCUUGAUAUCAGAUUAAAAUUAUACGGAGAAGAUCAUCCUGACACAGCUGACAGUUAUAACAACAUAGCAAUAACAUAUCAUUCUAUGAAAGAUUACAAGUCAACAUUAGCAUCAGAAGAAAAAGCUCUUCAAAUCAGAUUAAAGCUAUAUGGAGAAGAUCAUCCCGACACAGCUGACAGCUAUGGGAGCAUUGGAGGCACGCAAAGGUCAAUUGGAGAUUGCAAGAAAGCAUUGGAGUUGGGAAAAAAGUCUCUUAAAAUUACUUUAAAACUGUUUGGAGAAUACCAUGCUGACACAGCGGACAACUACCACAGCAUUGGAAUAACACAAGAUGAAAUGGGAGAUUACAAGUUUGCAUUAGAAUUGAAGAAAAAAGCUCUUGAGAUCAAAUUGAAGCUCUAUGGAGAAGAUCAUCCUGAGACAGUUGAAAAUUAUAUCAGCAUUGGAAUGACACAGAGUAAGAUGGAAGAUUAUAAAUCUGCAUUAUCAUCGGGAGAAAAAGCACUUGAAAUUGGAAAAAAACAUUUUGGAGAAGAUGUUUCACUCACAGCUCUCAUUCAUAAUUUUAUUGGAAUUAUGAAAAACAUGAUGGAAGAUUACAAGUCAGCAUUAAAAUCGGAUCAAGAAGCUCUUCAAAUGAGAUUGAAACAAUAUGGAGUAGAACAUUCUAUGACUGCCCUCAGUUAUGUCAGGAUUGGGGAGACACAGCAUGCAAUGGGAGAUUACAAAUCAGCAUUAGCGUCCAAGCACAAAGCUCUUCAAAUAAGAAUAAAUCUAUAUGGAGAGAUUCAUCCUGACACAGCUGACAGUUAUCACAGCAUUGGUGAAACACAACACGAGUUGAAAGAUUACGAUUCAGCAUUAAAAUCAAAGAAAAAAGCUCUUCAAAUCAGAUUAGAAAUAUAUGGUGAAGAUCAUCCUAAAAUAGCUGAAAGUUAUUAUAAGAUUGGAAUUACAUACAUGGAGAUGAAAGAUUACAAAUCCGCAUUGGAGGCGGAGGAAAAAGUUCAUGAAAUCAAGUCAAAACAGGAUGGAGAAGAUCAAUCCGACACAGCUGACCAUCAUUUGAACAUUGGAAUCCUACAAUUUAUGAUGGGAGAUCACAAGUUAGCAUUAGAGUCGGGACAGAAAUCGCUUAAGAUCAGAAAAGAACAUAACGAAUAUCAUUCUGAUACAGCUAAAAAUUAUGAAUUCAUUGGAACCAUACAAAAAGAGAUGAAAGAUUACAAGUCAGCAUUAGAGUCAGAAGAAGAAGCCCUUAAAAUCAGAUCAUACCUGUAUGGAGAAUACCACGAUGCGACAGCCAGGAGUUAUCACAACAUUGGAGUUAUUCAGCAUUGGAUGGAGAAUUACAAGUUAGCAUUAAAAUCAAAAUUAAAAGCUCUUAAAAUCCGAGAAAAACUACACGGAGAAGAUCAUCCCGAUACAGACAAGAGUUAUGACAGCCUUGGAAUCACCUAUCACAUGCUGGGAGAUUACAAGUUAGCAUUGAAGGCAGAACAAAAAGCUCUUGAAAUCCGAGAAAAAAGAGGUGGUGAAGAAGAUUUCUCUGACACAUCUAUUAAUCAUGUCAACAUUGCGAUUAUACAACAUAGAAUGGGAGAAUAUAAGUCUGCAUUAAAUUCAGGAAAUAAAGCUCUUGUUAUUAGAUUAAAAAAUGAAAAAGAUGAUCCCAUCACAGCUGAUAUUUAUAACUUCAUUGGAAUCGUACAAAGAGAUAUGGAAGAUUAUAAGUCGGCAUCAGUGUCCGAAGAAAAAGCUCUCGAAAUCAGAUUAAAACAUGAAGACGAUUCCGACACAGCUUUCAGCUAUCACAUGAUUGGGGAGACAAAACGUGAAAUGGGAGAGUACAGCCUCGCAUUACAGUCGGAUAAAAAAGCUCUUGAAAUUCGAUUAAAACUAUAUGGAGAAUAUCACCCUUGCAUAGCUGACAGUUAUAGCCGCAUUGCAAUCACACAGCUUGCGAUGGGAGAUUACAAGUCUGCAUUAGAUUCGAAGAAAAAAGACCUCGAGAUGAGAUUGAAGCUACCUGGGAAAGAUGAUUCUGAUGACAUAGAUGAGAUUUAUGCGAGGCUUUUGAGUCUGGAAAAUGAGAUAGAAGAUUUCAAAUUAGAAUUGGUCGCGAAAGUUCUUCAAGAAAUACUUGAAGAAGACCACUCUGAUACGACUGAAACGUUUCUGAAGCACUGGAAUUACACAACACGAGAUAGAGGAACUCCAUCCAGCAUUAUAGGUUAUUGA